UAUGCAGAGAGAGGGCCAAUGGGAAACACCGCGGUAGCACCCAGCCUGCGAGCACGUGUCUUGUUUAUUCCCCUCGCCCUGCCAGGGGCAGGUACUGUCAUUUCCAUUGCUGCAGGGCUGAAGCCUGGAGUGGGGCUGUCCAAGGUAUUUAGGCACCCGGGUCCCAUUGAGACAGCACCUUUGAGGGGCUGGGUCUCAGGAACUUGCGGAGGUCACCCAGGGAGUUUAUGGUAGAACACGGACUUGAACCCAGGUCUCCCGACUCCUUGCUAGUGCCCUAACCAUUACCCCAUGCUUCCUUUCAGCUGGCCUAGGCCUGAGAGGGAAGGUGAAGCCAGGAGGUGGAAGAUGUAUUGAACACCCUCUAAUGCACCACUUUGCACUGUCAGGCUGGCACACCCACCAUGGAGAAAUACCACGUGUUGGAGAUGAUUGGAGAGGGCUCCUUUGGGAGGGUGUACAAGGGGCGCCGAAAAUAUAGUGCCCAGGUGGUGGCGCUGAAGUUCAUCCCCAAAGUCGGGCGAUCGGAGAAGGAGCUGAAGAACCUGCAGCGGGAAAUUGAGAUCAUGAGGGGGCUGCACCAUCCCAACAUCGUCCAGAUGCUGGACAGCUUCGAGACAGACAAGGAGGUGGUGGUGGUGACAGACUACGCGGAGGGGGAGCUCUUCCAGAUCCUGGAGGAUGAUGGAAACCUGCCAGAGGACCAGGUUCAGGACAUCGCCUCCCAGCUGGUCUCUGCCCUCUAUUACCUGCACUCCCACCGGAUCCUGCACCGCGACAUGAAGCCCCAGAACAUCCUGCUGGGCAAAGGGGGUCUCAUCAAACUGUGUGAUUUUGGGUUCGCUCGCGCCAUGAGCAUCAACACCAUGGUGCUGACGUCCAUCAAGGGCACCCCGCUGUACAUGGCCCCCGAGCUGGUGCAGGAGAAGCCCUAUGACCACACGGCCGACCUGUGGUCCGUGGGCUGCAUUUUGUACGAGCUCUUCGUGGGGACGCCGCCCUUCUACACCAACAGCAUCUUCCAGCUGGUCAGCCUCAUCAUCAAGGACCCCAUCAAGUGGCCCAAAACCAUGAGCCCUUUGUUCAAGAGCUUCCUGCAGGGCCCUGCUCCUGCAUCCUUGCCUCUCCCGGCCCUCUCUCCAAACACGCCCGGGCCGGCGUCCAGAGUGCCCCGGGGUGGCCUGUGCUUGGAGACACCGCCUGGGCUCACCUCCCCCAUCCCGGCAGUGAUGGAUGAUGCGGAGCAACACGGGGUGGCGAAUGCCUUCACCAGCAAGCUGCCCCCAGAGCUGCAGGAGCUGAAGGAGAAGCAGGCUCUCUCACUGGCCCCCAGGAGCAGCCAGUCCCAGCUCCUGCUGAGGCGGCCCGGCAGAAGGUGGGUGCCUGGGGUCAGCUGGCUGGGAGUUCGCUGGGACACCCCGGCCUGGGAAGUGGAUAGUGAUGAGGAAUGGCAGCAUCUGAUCGAGGCCACGGACCCCUCCACCAUGCAGCUGAGCACACCCCUGAGCCUUCUGGGGGACCUGGCCUUCGUGCAGCGCAUCCGGGCCCGGCUGCAGGACUCCAGCCAGCAGGUGCUGGAGGGGAUGCUGGAGGGAGCCUCUCAUCUCCGCCCUGCCCUCCGCGUCGUGGGCAACCUGCUGGCCACCAGGUGCGACUCGGAGCUUCUCUGCCGCUUCUGCCAGGCCACGGAUUUACCUGCCUUCCUGCUGCGCCUGGCCGGGCAAAUCCUGGAGAGCACCAGCAGCAUGCAGCAGCCCUGGUGCACCACGCUGCUGGCAGACCUCGUUGGCGUGACGACGGCCUAUUUCACCAGCGACUCCCAUCGGGGGCGGAGCUGGAGAAGCACAGCGCCCCCUAGUGCCAUCCUGGGAUCAUCGCCGCCUGCUGGGGAGAGCGCCCCCCUACUGGCCCCACCCCUGCAGCACAGCACCCCCUACCAUUGUGGUCGCGUGGGGGGCUCUGCAAUUGUGACCCUCUUGGCUGAUUUCCCGCAGGUCGCCCAGCAAGUGGCAGAGGAGCUGACCGUGGAGAACAGCCAGCUAUUAGCAAGGCUCCUGGCUGGACUCGAGCGCCCAGCCUGCUCCCUGCACGCACUCAAGGUCUUGUACUCCUGCGGCCACAGCAGUAAAAGCCUCUGCCAUCUCCUGGCAAAGGGCCAGCAAGUGCCCAGCUCCCUGGCCCGGCUGGUGAAGGGUGAGGUCCCGAUGGCGGAGCGGCUGCGGGUGCAAGCGUGUGAGGCCUCGCUGCACCUGCUGGCCCUGCUGGCCCUCCAGCUGCAGAGCGUGCCUCCCUGGCUGGACUUAGUGGUGAGUGACGCCACCGAGAUCUUCACCCAGUCGCCUGUCGUCUCCCUAGUGGUGAGUCCCACCCAAUCCACUCCUGUCCUGGGAGGACCCAGCCUGGCCUGGAACAGCCUAAUCGCCAUGUUCCUGCUGGCUCAGCUUGGCCAGCACGGGGCAGCCAUCGAGGUGGGGUGCGAGGAGGCCAUGUCGGCCAUGGCAAAUGCACUCACUGCGCCUGCUGAGCUGCACCUGCCUCCCCCGAUGGGCGCUGGCCUCUACGAUGGACUCCUGCUUCUCCUGCUGCAGCUGCUCACCCAGGGUGACGCGGUGCUGGUCCGGGGCUUUGCCGGCUCGGAGCUGUGGAACAUUGCCUGGCACCGUGUCGCCAUGGUGCUCCGCUUGGCUGCCGACAAGCCGGGGAUGGAGGGGGAGACGCCGCGGUCAGGCCAGCCUGCUCCAGAGCCAGACUGGACCCUCAUCUCGCCUCGAGGCACCGCGCUCUUCCUCAGCCUGGCCCUCGCCGUCUUCACCCGCGAGCCCCACCAGUGUCUGCCUCAGCUGGCCCACCCCCACAGCGUCGUCAUGGCAACCUUCAACCAGCUGCUCUCCCUUGAUUUCCUGGCUCAGCUGGCGCACACGCAGGUGGGGGAGGACGGUGACCCCGAGCUGGUCCCGGCUGUGGUGCUCCAGACCUGCCAGCUGCUCUGCUUCCCCUUCUCCUUGGACGUGGACACAGAGACCCAGAUGUGGGUCAUGAAGGCCCUGAGAGAUGCUGAGACCCCUGCCCAUUUGCUCCAGGUCUGCUGCCACCACCUGCCCUUCUCGGAGACCGCACUUCCCAUGAGCCUCCUGUGCCACCUCGUGCUGUCCGACGAGCAGGUCGUUGACCAGUUGGUGGGGGCGGCCGCGGCCUCGGACCGCGCCAUCUCCUUCCUGUCAGCCGUCUUGCUUUCCGACAGCCCUGCGCUCACGAUGGACCUCCUCUCCCUCCUGACCCACGUGGCCCCUGCCUGCCCCGCUCACCUGCCUUUCCUCCACAUGGUCCUGGCUGGCUCAGACUCGGCCUACCAGCUGCUGAGCCACCUGCUGUGCCACCAGGAGCACUCGAUCCGCGCCAAAGCCUGCAGCCUGGUGGGCAACCUGCUGCGGCAGGGCCAGGACUUCCCCCGGGCGCUGCAGAGCCAGGCGGGCCUGCUGGAGCGCCUGCUGGAGCGCCUGUCGGACCAGGACGAGCACGUGCGCAAGUCAGCCAGCUUCGCAGUGGGCAACGCUGCCUACCAGGCCGGCUCCCUCCCGCACGCCCUGGGCAAAGCCGUGCCCCGCCUGGGGAGGCUGCUGAGCGACCCGCAGGCCAAGACCCGGUGUCAUGCCGCUUCCGCCCUGGGGAACCUGGGCAGGCAGGCAGCGGACCUGGGGGACGUGCUGAUCCAGAACAGAGCCCCCCAUCUCGCCGGCUCCCUCCCGCACGCCCUGGGCAAAGCCGUGCCCCGCCUGGGGAGGCUGCUGAGCGACCCGCAGGCCAAGACCCGGUGUCAUGCCGCUUCCGCCCUGGGGAACCUGGGCAGGCAGGCAGCGGACCUGGGGGACGUGCUGAUCCAGAACAGAGCCCCCCAUCUCCUGCUGGCCACUGCUUGCCACGACCCCCAGCCCGCCGUGCGGGAGGGAGCGCCGAUCGCUCUGCACACGUCGCCUGGAGAGCUGGGCUCGGGCCCUGAGAAGCGGGCAGACGGCGCAGGAGUGUGGCUGCGGCGCUGCCUGGGCUGGCCGUGUGCUGAGGGCCGUGUCUCUUGGUUGCAGGUGCUAGUGUCCCUCAAGGCCAGCGAGAAGCUGCUGGCGCUUUCCCGUAACGACGCUCAGUCCAGAUCCUGCGGGAGUCCCCGACCGUCUUCAGCUCAUCACUGUAAGAAGCUCAUCCACCUUCUGAGGCCAACGCACAGUGCCUGAGAAGAGCCACUGCUCGGGGGGGUCGGGCCAUCCACCUCCUGGGGUCGACAGUGCUGGAAACGGGGUGCACCUGUGCUCUGUUCAGAAAGGCAGGCCCCCCCCAGCUCCUGAGGACCCCCCUCCCCCAGUGUGUGAGCCUGGCGCAGCCCAGCGGAGUCAGGGGAGAAGUCACAAAACGUGUCAGAAACAGCUGGGGGAAGUAGCGUGCGAGAGACUGGGCCACCUCCCCCUCGCCGUCCGGUCCCCACUCUCCGACGGGACCCCUCUGGCAGUCUGGGGAGAUCAUGCCAAGCAACUCGCUGCCCUUCCACAGAACGUCGUGCCCCAGACCUCAGGGACUGAUGCUCCAGCUUGUACCACCUCUGCCGUGGCCACAGUCCAUGCCGAGAGCCAGGCUGCAGUUCUGACUCCAAGUGCCUUCCAGGGCAGGAGCCUCCAACCCUAACGAGCCAGCUUUCCAAAAGGGGCCUCGUGUACUGGGAUGUGCCUUAGUCACCAGGCUGAGCCAGGCCGGGGAUCCAGCCCCAAUAUCCACGGUGCCUUUGGCCUCUUCCCCCCUUCCGUCUCCUCCACUUUGCUCCCACCCUCCUUGUGAGAUCCACGGAGAUCAGACCGAACUGAACCAGAGCCUGGACGCACCAACCCCACCACCAAGCCUUGAUGAGUCAGGGACCCUCUGCGCUCCCAGAGAUUAACGGCCGGGUCCAGGCGUGAGCCAGAUGCUGCGUUGGACUCCCAGCCGCGCUGGAACUCCUGGGGUGGGCAGGGGUCUGUUCUCAGCUGCAAGGGCUUCUCUGCCACCGUGCAGCUGGGGAUUGGCCUCCUGGCUCAGCUUCAUGCAGACGGGUUCAGAUCUCCUGUUAUCCCUGGCGUGUGUGUGUGUGGGGGGGGGGGUUCUGCUCUGUGACUGGGCCUCCUGUUCUACGUGCUCCGUCACUGGGAGGCCCUGCCCUUGGUGGGAGUGAGCUGGACAGUCAAGAGCCACCAGUGGAACCUGAGCAUUCCAUAAUCAGACCUCAUGUGGCAACACCAGGCACUUCCCUCCACGUGCCCUCCCUGAGUCCGAACGGGCUCCAGCCAAUGGGCUCGCGGUGCACGUGGGGGCCAUGAAGCCCUGGACUGGACUUUUCCAGCCUGCACUUGCUAGCUAUCUGUAGUGACCAUUUCCAACAGCGAUUUGGGGGACGUUGGUUUGGAGUGACUUCGAGAUUGAUUUUUGUACUGUUAGCUGUACUUUUGUAAUUUUAUUAUAAUAAAGGGCUCUUCCCUUCCUGGAAAA